UCUCUCUCGUCUUAACAGAGAAAGGAAGAAAGAAAGAGAGAGAUUGGGGGAGGGUAAAGUAGGGUUUGGGUUUGGGUUUGAUUCUUUCGAUGGAGAAGGGAAACGACGGCAGGAGAACAGGGAUUGUGAAGUGGUUCAGCGACCAGAAGGGUUUCGGCUUCAUCACUCCUGAUGACGGAGGCGAAGAUUUGUUUGUCCACCAGUCCUCGAUCCGGACCGAGGGCUUUCGCAGCCUGGCCGACGGCGAGACCGUCGAGUUCUUGAUCGAGUCCGGCGGCGAUGGCCGCACCAAAGCCGCUGAUGUCACCGGCCCCAACGAGUCCCCGGUUCAAGGCACCUCGCGUGGCGGAGGCGGCGGAGGAAGAGGCGGUGGCGGUGGGUAUGGCUUUAACGGUGGAGGAAGAGCAGGUGGAGGAAGAGGCGGCCGCGGAGGCGGGGGAGGGGGUUACGGCGGCGGAGCUGGGUACGGCGGCGGUGGCGGCGGCUAUGGAGGUGGUGGUUAUGGAGGUGGUAGUGGGAGCGGUUGCUUCAAAUGCGGUGAUACUGGGCAUAUCGCCAGGGACUGUUACCAGGGCGGCGGCGGCGGAGGCGGCGGCAGGUACGGCGGAGGCGGCGGCGGCGGCGGAGGCGGAGGCUGCUACAGCUGUGGUGAGCAAGGGCAUUUCGCUCGUGAUUGCCCCAACUCCAACAAUUGAAACUGGUAAACAGGAAAGAGAAAGAGGGUCCCCUCUUCAUCGUUCUUAGUAUUUUAUAUUUGAAUUUCUGAAUCGGUGAACCAUACAUAUUACAGUAUCUAUUUUGUGAGCAUUACAGGUGAUGUGGCGUAUGGUCACCUCUUUGGAUUUGUCGUGUGGUUUUAGUGUUUGGUUUUUGGUAGGUAGACUUUUAUCUUCGGAUAUGGCGCUUUGUAAACUCUUUAUGCAUCUUAUGCUGUCUGGAUGAAAUGUGAUGACAUUGGAGGUUGGGCAACUCGUUGCUUUGUGCUUCCACCAUUCAAUUUCUUUAAAAUCA